GUACGUGAAGGCAUCUUACUUCAGUGUUGGUCAGUUUGUUCGCCGCGUUCAGACGGAGCUGAGCGACGUGUGGGCCGGACCAGAACCCAGCCGAACUCUACACCAUGUUCUGAAAAGGCACCGUGACAACUUUUUUCAGGCUAAAUUAAAAAGCAUAUCUUCUGAAAUACCUACAAGUCCAUCAUGGAGGACAGUGACUUGCAGACCUUUGGUGCUGAGCUGCCACUUAUGUUUGAUGGUAUGAAGCUGGCUGCGGUGGCUGCUGUCCUCUACAUCAUUGUCCGCAGUCUGAACCUGAAGAGUCCGACUGCACCACCAGCGAUUACCUACCAGGACACACCUCUCAGCCGCUACCUGCUGAAGUCCUGCCCAAUGCUGUCCAAAGAGUACGUUCCUCCGCUACUGUGGGGUAAAAGCGGUCACCUCCAGACGGUGCUGUAUGGCAAGAUGGGGCGCGUCAACACCCCGACACCUUGUGGGAUUCGCAAGUUUCUCCCAAUGCAGGAUGGAGCCACAGCAACCUUUGACCUCUUUGAAGCUUCUGGAGAACACAGAACGGGAGAUGACAUUACCAUGGUAAUCUGCCCUGGGAUUGGUAACCAUAGUGAGAAGCGCUACAUUCGGACCUUUGUGGAUUACUCCCAGCGGCAGGGUUACCGCUGCGCCGUCCUCAACCACCUGGGAGCUCUACCUAACGUGGAGCUCACCUCGCCACGCAUGUUCACCUAUGGUUGUACUUGGGAGUUUGGGGCCAUGGUGGAUUACGUCAAACAAGCUUUUCCUCAGACGCUGCUGGUGGUCGUGGGCUUCAGCCUGGGGGGAAAUAUCGUCUGUAAGUUCCUGGGUGAAAAGCGAUCCAACCAGGAAAGAGUGCUGUGCUGCAUCAGUGUCUGUCAGGGAUAUAGCGCCCUCAGAGCCCAGGAAACCUUCCACCAGUGGGACCAGUGUCGGAGGCUUUACAACUUCAUGUUGGCUGACAAAAUGAAGAAACUCGUUCUGUCACACAGAAGCACUUUUUCAAGCAUGGCCUCCAGCCUCAUUGGUGAGGCGGACCUGAACCGACUGCUGGCAGCUACAUCUCUGACGCAGGUUGAUGACAGCGUCAUGAGAAAAUUUCAUGGCCACAGAUGUUUGAGGGAGUUCUAUGAGAAGGAGAGCUGCGUGCACUACAUUCACAACGUGUGUGUACCCCUCCUCUUGGUAAACUCCUUAGAUGAUCCUCUUGUUCAUCAGUCGCUUUUGGAUAUUCCAUGCAGGCUUGCAGAUAAGAUGCCCAAUGUGAUGUUUGCCCUGACGCAGCACGGAGGCCACAUGGGCUUCUUUGAGGGAGAUGUGCUCUUCCCACAGCCUCUCACCUGGAUGGACAAGGUCAUAGUGGAGUACACCAAUGCCAUCUGCCACUGGGAGAAGAAGCGACGGCUCUGCAAGACGAACAGCCAUCAGGACACACGCACUUAGUCGGUAACAAAAGUAUAGUCUGGGCCAAACGCACAAAGACCAACAAGCACCUGCUCAGCCUUGUCCCUUUGGACCUGCUUUACCUCAGAUGGUCUUACAGAUCAGUUUUUCAUUUGUUGACCUCUCAAAUGUAAUUAUAGCUCGCACACUGCUACACAAUGUCUCAUUCACAGUGAGGGAUGAUGACUGGAGAAUUUAUUAUUUAACUCACACGAGAUUUGUUCAAACAAAACAGGAGAAAAUGUCAGAAGUGAAACUAGGAUCAGAGCGCCUUAAUAAGAGUCUGUAACAGAUUAAAGUUGCUGAUACCAUAUUCUCAUGGUGAGUGUCCGUGGGGGUUGUUUAAUGGUUCACACUGAUAAACUGUUUGCAGACAUUUUAAUCUGUCUUUUUUCUAUAUUUAAAUUGUCUUUGAUUAAACGUGAAGUCUUUGUUGUUAUUUGAAUUUUGUGAUGAAGUGAUUGAAGAAUGAUUAAGUCACGUGAGCACCUUAUGAAACAUGUUUAUGUUCAUGUUGCACUGCUUCCAUGGCACCGGUCAAACAACUGCUCCUCAGUGCCUUAAGGGUGACAUAUUAUGCAAAUCUGACUUUUUGCUGCCUUGCGGGUCUCUUCUGCCUCUAUAAACACGAACAAACCCAUAAUUAUUUUCUGUCAGUGUUCAGUUUCAGGAUUUUAAUGCUUAAAGUGAGUCGUCCCUUAUAGUGAUGUCAAGAUGAGGGAAAUUAGACAGAACCCCCCUCUGAGCUCUCAAACCUGGGAGAGCAUCGGCUCUACUCCGAACCCCUUCUUAAAAUCAGAGCCAAACAGCCUAUCAGGGGAGGGGUGGGCGUGGCUGCCACCAACCUGUUUUUCUUUAAGUGACAGAUGCCUUAAAGCUAGUAGCAAAUCUGCUAAAGCAACUAGCUUUAAUCAUUUUUCAUGCCUCUUAACAACGUUCUAACAUAGUAUAGCUAUAAAUAUUUUGUGGAGAUUAAAAAAAGAAGAAUGAGUGUGGUUUUCUUGCAUUUGUCUUAAAACCUCUGCCAAUAACACGGCUCAGUCCAAAAACAACCAUUGGCCCCUCCGGUUUUACGUCUCACUUCUGCAUUUACCUGGGUCCUCCAUCCAUUACGCACUUGUGCAUAUAGCAACAGAGCACCACUGGUGUGAGAGGUUUUCUGCUCGAUAACAUCAGAGAAGGAGAAACAGCCGGCUGCUACCACUUCAACUUUAGGACAAACUACCAGAGUCCCAAAAAGAAAAACACCAUUUGAAGUCACAGACAGCAAAAGACGUUUGGACCUAGAAAACUUCACUUGGCGUUUAGCGCUAUCUUGCUUACUGUGGCAAUGCAUGUUCCCAUAUCAGGGCCUAGGGAGGACGGCCGACAGGAGGGCUGAAAGUUCCAUGAGAGUGUAAAAGCUAGCUUGUUGGGCAGAUUUGCCGUUGCAGCUUUAAACAGCUCAUCCUUUCAAGUUUUUCAAUUCAAGUUUAUUUAUAUAGCGCCAAAUCACGACGAGUCGUCUCAAGGCACUUCACGUAGUAAACAUUCCAAUACAGGUCAGGUCAUUAAGCCAAUCAGUAAAAUGUUUCCUAUAUAAGGAACCCAGCAGGUUGCAUCAAGUAAAGAUCCUUGAAGAUUGCUUUAUGUGGAGAGACUUAAUGCAAAACAUUCAUGAACAUGUUUUGUAUCGAUUAUAGAACAAUAAUAAACAUAACAUGUUCCCUUUACAGUGGGCAUACACUCUAUCAAGGGUGCCCAAUCCUGUUUCCGAAGAGCUGGUCUCCAGCAUGUUUUAGUUGUUUCCCAACUUCAACACACCUGAUUUCAAUUAGCAGGUGAUUAACGUUCACCUACAGAGCUUGAUGAGCUGCUGAACAGGUCAACCUACCAACCACUAAUUAAGUGUGUUAGGGUUGUGGUCUCUAGUAUAAAUGAAAGUCAUGUGAGUUGUUUUCUAAGAAAAAAACAGAUCUGGUGCUCCUGUUUCAGGAAGUAGACAUUAAUCAAAGGAGUGUGGGUCGGAAACGUCAGAAUUUGGAGUCUUAAGCCACUUUCACACCAAAUGCAGACUGGAUGCAGCCCUGUUUCCGUACACCCUCCACAUAGAUCAAAAAUCAUUGAUUCCAGUCAGAACACAACACCGGCGGUGGUGUGGAUCUGUAUGCAGAGCUCCGGAAAGUAUCUGCAUAGAGUCUGUCUUCCAUUUGCCACAUGCAGAUCGUCAUGAAUUUAAAGAGGCUCCAUGAGCCAGACAGGAAGUGAGACUUGUGUUAGCAUGGUGCAUCAGGUACAUUUCAAAAUAAAAGCAGUGUAACAAUAUUUUUGCCAGUUUAUCUUUUAUCAUCAAUGAUAGAGAUAUCAGUUCGAACGGUAUGAUAGUUUCCACUAGUUUCACAGUUUUCAUAUUAUUUUAAAUCAACACAGCCUUCCCUGGUUGGAGCUAAGAUGGGUGAGUCCUUGAUUGCAAAUUUGCAGUGUGACGUGACUUUUUCUGACCCAAGCGUUUACCUGUCUAUUUCAUUUCUGCGGCUAACGCAGAUGAUGAAGAUGAAGACAUGUUCAGUCUGCAUGUGAAACUCUGUGACGAUCAUAUUUUAAAGACCGGUGUCUCUGUUUCCUGGUCUAAAGGUUGGUGUCUUUGUUUUCUGAACGCUGUUGUUUACAGGGGUCAUUUAAUCCAGCUCUGCACUUUAAUUGGUUGCAAAAGGAAACACGUUUAUAAUCAUGGCUUUGGUAACAAUAUUAUACUGAAAAACAGAUUUUCUUACAUGCAUAUUUUUCUGUGAUUGUAUUUUUUUUUUACUUUUUCUGUCAUAUUAAAAGAUGCAUGCUGUUUACUAGUGUCAUACUGACGAACACACGAUCACAUGUGUGAAAUAAAGUCUGUGCACCUAA